UCUCAGCGACUCUGCAAUCUACAAUACAAGACAGUAAGAAACCUCAAAACACAUCUGGUUCUGGUAGAAGUAAAACUUGGUCUUAUAAAAAAAUAUAUAUUUAAAUUAAAAAGGAAAAAAUGAAGGAAGGAAGGCAUUAAUUAAAGUCAGAAAUAGCAGAAGAAAAAGAAUAAACCAAGGUCUUAGCUUAGGACCCACGUUCAAAUCUGUGACAGAGACGGCAGUUUCAUUUCUUCAGCUCCUGUUCUGCUGCUCAAACGCCCCCUUUGUUUUUUUAAAUCUCUUAAUUUUUCUCUCUCUCUUGAAUUUCUGUGUUGUUGUUUCUCUCUCUAAUUUUUUUUUAUUAAAAUAUUAUUAGUAGUAGUAAUAUAAUAGUAGAAAGGUGAGAAAGGUGGGGGCUUUGUUUUGUUAUGGCCGUUUGUGAAUUCACUCAAAGGCUAAUGCAAAGUCUUCUCUUUCACACCUUUCAAUCUGAAAAAACAUGGGAAGAAGAAUCUAGGGUUUGACAACACCAAGGUCUAGUUUUUUUUUUUUUGCUGCUUUUCUCUUUGUUUUCUUGAGAGAGCUGUUUCUUCUUUGAUUCUGGUUUCUGGCUUCUUUUUUUUUCUUUUUUUUUCCAAUUUUUUUGAAGGACUGGUUGAAUCUGAUUUUCUUGGUCUUAUAUGUUUUGAAAACGGAAAAAAAUGGCCCUUUAAGGUAAAUUUGGUUUAAAUUCUGUUGAAAAAGUCAUUGUUGGGUCUUUGGUUAUCUGAAAGUUGAAUUUUUUAGUGAUAGUUUUUUUUUUUUUGUUCAAAGAUCUAAUGUUUUAGUAAAAUUUGCUGCUUUUGUUGUAUGUUUUGAUUUAGGUCAUUUGUGUUUGAGGAAUUAGAUUUUCCUUUUUUGGUUUGGGUAACAUGGAAGAAGUUGAAGAAGCUAACAAAGCAGCAGUAGAGAGCUGCCAUAAAGUUUUGAGCAUUUUGUCUCAGCCUCAAGAUCAGGUUCAUUAUAGAAAUUUAAUGGCUGAAACUGGAGAAGCUGUUUUUAGGUUCAAAAGAGUAGUUUCUCUUUUAAACGCUGGUUUGAGACAUGCUAAAGUAAGGAAGCUAAGGAAAUUACAAACUCCGAUUCCUCAGAGCAUCCUUUUGGAUAACCCACACCACAAGGCAACAGAUUAUCCAUCCAAGAAUUUGCAGCUUGGUUACCAUGAAAGCUCACUUCAAGAACUGAGUUCUCUUGCUAAGAAUUCUCUCUAUUUAGGAAAUCCAUCUUUGGAAUUGAGUUCAAAUGGGAAAAACCCUCUUCAACUCCCGCAACGGGCGCCAUCCGGCCACUAUCAUUUCCUCCAACAGCAGCAACAGAUGCAACAAAGGUUACAGUUCCAACAGCAUCAACAGCAACAGCAGCAAAUGAAACAUCAAGAUGAAAUGAUAUUUAGGAAGAGUAAUAGUGUCAUUAACUUGAAUUUUGAUAGCUCUGGCUGCACGCCUACUAUGUCAUCAACUAGGUCUUUCAUUUCAUCCUUGAGUAUUGAUGGUAGUGUAGCUAAAUUGGAUGGUGGUAAUAACUUCCAUUUAAUUGGGGUACCUCGAUCCUCAGAUCAGGGUUCUCAACAGAAAAAGAAGUGUUCUGGCAGAGGAGAAGAUGGGAGUGUCAAAUGUGGAAGUAACGGUAGAUGCCACUGCUCGAAAAAGAGGAAACAUAGAAUAAAGAGAUCAAUCAAGGUGCCUGCUAUCAGUAACAAGCUUGCUGAUAUUCCUCCUGAUGAUUAUUCAUGGAGGAAAUACGGGCAGAAACCAAUCAAGGGUUCUCCUCACCCUAGGGGAUAUUAUAAGUGUAGCAGCAUGAGAGGUUGCCCUGCAAGGAAGCAUGUGGAGAGGUGCUUGGAAGAGCCAUCGAUGCUUACUGUUACCUAUGAAGGGUCUCUGCAAUAUUGCACCUACAGCUGGAAACUCUGGGACAUCACAUGAGUUCGGUGUACGAAACUGGUUCAGUUUAAAGAUGGGAAUUAUUGAAGUCAAAUUCUAGCGAGCCUUUGCAACAAGGCAUGUGAGUUAUGUAGACUGACCAACAUGGGCAACAUGCUUCCACAACACAUUGCAGUAGCAUUCCCUCUGCCAUUGGCAUUACUCCGUUCCAAACAAAAGGCUUGAAUUUCCUCUGAUCUCCUUUGUCCUAAACUCGCUUGAAAAUGGUAGAAUUUUCAUUGUAUUCAAUUAAACCUAAUAUAUGGAAUUCAACUUUUACAAUAUAUCUUAAUAGGUGUAUGGCAAUGGCAUCCCUUAAUAGGUAUAUAUCUUAAUAUCAAACCUGUUAGAUAUUAUUUCUAAAAAAUUAUUGUGUGAAUCAAUUGAAUUAAACUCUAGAGGAGGGUGUUAUGAAAUUCUCUAUUUCUUGCUUUUUAAAGGAAUGAUGAUGGAGUCAAAAGUCUGUCAUUCUCAAACUCAAAGUUGAAUUUGGUUAAAAACCUAAUUUGUUUCAAACCACUGGUAAUAAUUGACGCAAAGUUAGGUAAUAAGUAAGA